GGAUCCAGAACCACAUGGCACCGCUGAGCAGCUCUGCCUGGAACUUCUGGUUCUUGGUGAUCUGAGGAGGUUGUCUGUACUGGGCUUCAAUAUGAGGGCCGCCUCCUGCCCUAAAACACAACAGACAGAACCAUUACCAGCAUUCAUCUCGCUAGGCCAAGCCUUUAAGGCUGACUUCUCCACGGCGGUCUGCAGACUCCUAUGUUUGGACUGUACGAUGAGAAGAAUGCGCGCUCCCAUUUGCCGUGGAUGAACUCUCUCCUGCACGCGCCCCUGAGAUUCUGCUCUGGGAAACCCCGCGGAAUGUAGGGGCGGAGCGCGCAGUGACAGAGAGCCGGGCGGGGGUGCGCGGGGGGAGGCGGAGUCACGGCACUUCUGCCAGGGCCGCCAUUUUUGCACAGGGAAAAGAGACAGGAUAGAAGGGAUCCAGUUUCUAACUGUCGGCAUAGAUAUGGACAAAAUUAUCAGGUUUUAAAAGACUCAGACUGUACAUUUGGAUUAGAGCACCAAGAGGCGAAAUACAAGUGCUAAAUAGCGCGAUUUGUAAAGCUUUGUUACACAUCCGCAGUGGAGAGCGAAGUAUUGUUUUGGUUGUGGUAUAUCAGGCGGCGGGGUCUCACCCGAGUCCCCCGUGUCUUUAUUCACAGUUAUUACAGUGGACAUCAACGGCCUUGUGGAUGCACUUAGAUGUGUGCAAUGAGUGCUGUGGCUGACAUGCCUCAGUGUUUUGGAUUGCUGUGCUCUGGACUCAGUAGGACAAGAGACUCCCAGCACAGAACGUCAUGAGCAUAGUCAUCCCAGUAGGGGUGGACACGGCCAACACCUCAUACCUGGACAUGGCUGCAGGCUCAGAACCAGAAUCUGUGGAGGCGAGCUCUGUGGUAGUUGAGAAGUCCAGCUACCCUCACCAGAUUUACAGCAGCAGCUCCCACCACUCCCACGGCUACAUCGGUCUGCCUUAUGCCGACCAUAAUUAUGGGGCGCGACCCCCACCCACCCCGCCGGCGUCCCCGCCUCCCUCGGUGCUGAUCCGACCGGGCGAGAGUUUGUUUGUGUCCGGCGGCCGGCCAGGCGAGAACUUGUUCGUGCCCGGCGGGCAGGACGAGGCGUCGCGUGGCACCACGCUCAGCACCUCGGAAGACGGCAGCUACGGUGCUGACAUCACACGCUGCAUCUGCGGCUUCACCCAUGACGAUGGCUACAUGAUCUGCUGCGACAAGUGCAGUGUGUGGCAGCACAUAGACUGCAUGGGGAUCGACCGGCAGCACAUUCCCGAGACCUACCUGUGUGAGCGCUGUCAGCCACGUACUCUGGACCGAGAGCACGCCAUCCUACUGCAAACCAGGAAGAGAGAGAACAUGUCUGACGGGGACACCAGUGCUACAGAAAGUGGGGAUGAGGUUCCACUAGAGCUGUACACAGCGUUUCAGCACACCCCCACCAGCAUAACGCUCACAACAGCACGUCUCGGCAACAAACAGGCUGAUAAGAAACGAAAGAAGAGCGGAGAAAAGGAUCCCCCGGCUACAGCCAGGGCCAAGAAGUCAUUCCGUGAAGGCUCUAGAAAAUCAUCUAGAGUGAAGGGCUCAGCUCCAGAGUGUGAGCCGACAGAUCCUCCCUCUCUUUGGGAGAAUAAGAUGAAGUCGUGGAUGGAGCGCUAUGAGGAAGCCAGCAGUAACCAGUACAGUGAAGAAGUGCAGAUACUGCUAAGAGUCAAAGAAGCCCGAGAUGGCAAAACGCUAGCCUACAAUACACACACCGCAGCCUUCAAACCACCUGUAGAGAGUCACGUACAGAAGAACAAGCGCAUUUUGAAGGCUGUGCGGGACUUGGCUGCCGAUUCGCUCAUAAUCGAGUACAGGGGGAAGGUCAUGCUACGACAGCAGUUCGAGGCCAAUGGUUACUUCUUUAAGAGGCCGUAUCCUUUUGUAUUGUUCUACUCUAAGUUUGACGGCUUGGAAAUGUGCGUGGACGCACGGAGCUUCGGGAAUGAGGCCCGAUUCAUCCGUCGCUCUUGCACACCCAAUGCUGAGGUGCGGCACGUGAUCGAAGAUGGCAUGCUGCAUUUAUACAUUUACUCUCUGAGGUCCAUCUCCAAGGGGAGUGAGAUCACCAUUGGCUUUGAUUAUGACUACGGCAGCUGUAAAUAUAAGGUGGACUGUGCGUGUGUGAAAGGCAAUCAGGAAUGCCCUGUGCUCAAGCAUAACUUGGAACCUACAGAGAAUCUGGGCUCUAGCACACGACGGCGUGGCCGCAAGGACAAAGAACCGCCACGGGACGAGAGCGGACAGAACCAGAACCUCACGAUGGACUGUGAUGGGCCCAAGGGGAAAACGCUCAAUGACGCCAAACAGAGAAAACUCUCUCCUCUCCGGCUCUCUAUAUCUAACAAUCAGGAUCCUGAGUUAAUAGAGGAUCUAGAAGAGAAAACCUCCGUUAGCAAUGAAGUAGAGAUGGAGUCAGAGGAGCAGAUUGCAGAAAGGAGGAGGAAGAUGGGCAGCCCGGCAGAGGAGUCCCAUCGUCACAGCGCAGGGGCUUCCUGCUGCAGAGCUCUGAGAAACAAGGAGACGCGUGAAGAGAGGAAGAUGGAGGCCAUUCUGCAGGCGUUUGCUCGUAUGGAGAAGAGAGAAAAGCGGAGGGAGCAAGCGUUAGAGAGGAUCGGCACAAAAGGGGAAGUUGGUGGGCGCAGCGAGAUUAAGGAAGAGCCCCCUGCUACACCUGAGGCUGAAUCUCCUGCCAUCUUACAACCCAUGCUAGAGGUAGUGAAGGAGGAGCCUGGUCUGAAGCCAGCAAAGGUGAGCCGUAAUAAACAGAGGAAGAGCUUCUCGCGGAACCGCACUCACAUCGGACAGCAGAGGCGGCGAGCACGCACGAUCAGCACCUGCUCCGACUUGCCACCUAGUUCCCCUGGUGAUGCUUUAGAGCACUUAACAACAGAAACUCAUGAUGGAGAGACUCCCUCUGCCCCUGAGGCUGAAGCUCCCCCAUCACAUGCACCUGACACCAGCCCACCACACAGCUGCUCACCCGCCCCAGUAUGCCGCAGUGGACAGAAGUACCCCAAAACUAAAAAGCACUUAGUUAGCGAGUGGAUGGGUGUUGAAAAACAGGAGCGGGGACCUUCGAGGACCCCAGAACCUCCGCCUGAGAGGCCGUUGCGGAUCAGUAGUGAUCCUGAGGUCUUGGCCACACAGCUGAACUCUUUACCGGGCAUGGCCUGCAGCUCACACGUCUACAGCACGCCCAAACACUACGUCCGCUUCUCCUCUCCUUUUCUAGCCAACCGCAGCCCCAGCACUCCUGGAGUGCCUACGGGACGGCGACGCUCGAGAGAAAUGCCCGAAACACCACCUACCACUGGCUCCUGCAAGAAGCGUUGGCUGAAGCAAGCUUUAGAAGAGGAGGGUUCCACCAGCCCAGGUGGAGGGCGCCCUUCUCUUCUGAUGCCUAGUGAGAGCCCUCUUAGCCCCUCUAUAAAUGGCGAGUCCUACAGCCCUCUACCCCUCAACGGCAGUUGCUCACUACCAGAGUUGCCUACCCCGUUGAAGAAAAGACGCUUAUGUUCGCUCGAUCCCUGUAUGUCGGAGACUUCCACCCCAUAUGGUUCUCCUUGUGCCACCCCAACCCGAACAGAGUCAACAGAAGCACCAGGCACACCCCUGCUGCUAGCCACGCCUCCUCGACCACGACCAGAGGAACCCAGUACUGAGCCCUCAACACCCUUACAGAUUCCUAACCACCCUCUGCCACAAGAGAGUGAGUCAUCUAUGGACAGUUCUCCAGAUGGUAGCCGGAGGCCCAGUACACAAGAUGUCGAGCGACCUCCUUCGCUGUUGGCAUCUCCCAGCGUGAGAAAUGCAGGCUCUGAUACGGCUCCACAGGAGUCUACAAAAUCGUUGGGGUCUUUGAGUCCUCAGCCCUCCCAUGCUGAGCCCCAGGAUGCUGUAGUAGAUGAAGGCAUGGAGGUUGAUGGUGGUGGUUCAGAAGCUGCCUCGGCACCUGAGACGCCAGCCUCCUCUUACCCUCCUUGGAUGAAAAGUCCAGAUCGAGGUGGCCUCUCGUUUUCCCCAGUGAACUCUAAUCUGAGAGACCUCACCCCUUCUCACACCUUGGAGAUGGGGGCGUACAGGCCAGAUUCAACCUCUGCUGGCCCUUUCAGUGAAGCGGCACCUUUCUAUCCCUGCAAUGAGGAAGCAAGUGGCGUGACCUUUACCCGCUCAUUGAGUGGGGACGGCACAGGGGAGGGAGGCGCUGCAAAGAACCCACAGAAGAAAAAGGUCUCUCUCCUGGAGUACAGGAAACGUCAGCGUGAGGCACGGCGAAGCGGCUCCAAGGGAGAAUGUGGAUCCCCUGUUUCCACGGCACCACCAGUAGAUGUUUUCCCUGUAGCUGUGGAAAUGGUCUUUGAGCCACCUGCUCUCGCAGCAACACCAACCCCCAAGACCCCUCAGCCUAGCGAGGAGCCAGACGCUCAAACUCAGGGGGAGAGAGACGGAGAAGGCCAGUGGACAUCUUCCACAUCAGUAGAGCAGGCCAGAGAGCGAAGCUACCACAGGGCCUUGUUGUUGAGUGACCAUCGCAAGGAUGCAGAUAGUGGGGAGUCAGAGGGUGGCGACCCCCAGGUGAAGGAAUGUCCUUCUCCCAAGAGCUGCAAGAGCCCAUCGACACAUGCACCUUGUUCUCCAGCACCCCAGACUGUGUCUCGCCCAUCCAAGGAGGAAGAUGGUGAAGCACAGCCUCGUGGUCCUGCUCAGCCUCAGGCACUGUCCGUCCAGCAGUCCAGCACCAAGACUCCGAGCUCCAAACCAGCCGCUCUGACGCCCAGCAAGCUCCACUGUGGGCCCUCCAGCACCUCACAGAGUCACUACGCUGGACCUUCGCUCAUGCACUCUCCCAAAGCGCAACCCCAAGGUUCACCUUACCGUGGUCAGCGAACGUUCCUGACAGCUCAGCCUCAGAACCAGCCUCAACCCCAGGCUACAUCUGGCCCGGCCACUUUCCCUCAGUAUAAUCCCCAAAAUGCCCCACCUCCACCACCCCCUCCUCCCCCAGCUCCACCCACCUCUGCUCCCUACUUCCCUGCUCAGCCUUCAGCUGCUGCUGCACCUUUUCCUGCGUUCAAGCCUACUGUGGCCUCACCCUUUCCUCCCGGUUCCCAACCUCUCCUCCAGCCCCAUCAUGCAUUGCAUUACCAAAGCAGUGCUGCCCCUCCCCCACCGCCCCCUCCUCCCCCUCCCCACCCGCAGCCUGGCCCUACCUUGCUGCAUGUCAAUCUACAACCUCCUUCGAUGCAGCAGCAUCAACUCCUCCUGACCUCCGCCCCACCGCCACCUCCUCCUCCACCUCCUCAGGGACAGAGUUCCCAGCAGCCUCCACCUAAUAGUGGCACGCUCCUGUCAAUCAAACAAGGACCACACCCGCCCCUUCCACCCCCUCCCCCUGCUCCAUCCAGUAACGCACCGCACCCUUUCCAGAACAUUGGUGGCUUUCAAACCACUCUACUUCACCAGUCUGCACCAGCCAACCCCUCAGUAACCCCUUCCACCUAUCAACAAACUGUAUUACCCCCUCCUCCUCCACCUCCUCCUCAACAAACUCCUCCCACACAGACCCCGCCCAAUUCGAGUGUCUCGCAGAUCGCUGGCGGUAACAGAGGACCUACACCUUCAUCCGCCCCCUUCCACAGCACCGGCUACUUGGGCACAGGAUGGCACUGACCACACCCACUUAACCCCGCCCCUAGACAAACUCACUCAGAGAGGGGCGGAGCUACAUUGUGUAACAUAGGCAACACAGCACCACUGUAAAUAUUUUCUAUGUACCUUUUCACAAAGGAUAAUGAAAACCAGUUGGGGGAAAAGGGUACAUUUUAAAAAGAAAAACAAGAAAUGGAGAACUGUAAAAGUAGACUUUGUGUAAAAGAUGAUGGUUAAUGAACCCUGGUGCUCAUCACUUACCCAGAAUCCCCCACACCUCUCUCCUUCCCAUAACCUUGUACUGCCAUCCUGUCUUUUCCAGACGUCUUUUUUACUUUUAAUGUUUUUAUUCAUUUUAAUCGCCUUUUCUGGUCUCUUCCUGUUGGAUCCUUCCUCUGUCCUCCCAGUGCAAUGCAAUGCAAUGGGACAUUCCAGUUUCCUCCUUACCUUUCCUUACUUUUCCUGUCUCUCACUGUUUUUUCACUUAUCAGUUAUUUGUUUUAUCUAGUGGCUCAUUAUAUAGCAAAAAGGUUUUGUAUAGAGAAAAAAAUACAGAAUUAUUAUUUUUUUUAUUCCUCCAUGUAACAAAAAUAUCUGUGCACCGCUGCAGACAUUCAGAGGAGACCUUUCCGAUAGGCCGCUUCACUGCCCAGGAGACUGCACUUGUGUGAAUGAGUGAGUCUGUGUGCACGAGUGUCUGUUUUUUAAGCGGAAGGGAGCGUGUAUGCUUGCAUGCCUCCCGCAUCCGUGUGCGUAUUUGAACUGCACGCGAGAGGCGGAAGGCAAAUAAGGCGCAGACAGAUGCGUGCUGUUCUCUGUGGCAGCUUUAGAAAGAGAGGUCCUUCCUGUAGGGGUAAGCGGUUUAUUUUUGAAUAUCAAUGGUUAUUUGUAGAAAGUGUAAUUUAAUGUAUAGGUGGUUACUCCAGCUUUCUCCAGAAACAGUUGUAAAUAUUGGCUUCUUUUCUUUUCUAUGCUUGUAUAAUUCGCUCCCAUCCCCAUUUUGGAAUAUGGUUGUAAAUACAAGCGCUCUUGACAAAAACGCUGAAUGUUUCUGUGACUGUAGCACUAUUUUUAUUUCUUCCUCUCUGGUUUUUUUUUUUUUUUUUACUGUUUGUGUGUGAGUGUAUGUGUGUGUGAAGGACAGAGGCUCACAGACACAGCACUGGUUGGCUAUUUUCAUGGUUCAUUAUAAUAAAUCACUGUAAUGACAGUUUUAUACCAACUAAA